UGCCCGAGGGUCUCACAGCGAAAUACAAAAGCAGCUGAGAAGCGGCGGCGAGACGAGUUCCCAGCGCCGGACAGAGCGCCAGGCAGAGCCCCGCAGCACCCCAGGACCGCGAUGGGGCUCAGGCGCCCGAAGCCCCGGAGUCCACCAGCUACCGGGCCCGCCUCGCCGCCCGGAUCCGGGAGCCCGGGCUCAGCUUGAAGCGGCGGCGGCGGCGGCACCAGCAGGAGCAUGGGGAGGAGGAUGCGGGGCGCCGCCGCCACCGCGGGGCUCUGGCUGCUGGCGCUGGGAUCGCUGCUGGCGCUGUGGGGCGGGCUGCUGCCGCCGCCGCCGCCGCGAACCGAGCAGCCAGCCUCCCCGCCGCCCCAACACCGACUCCUCCGGCGUCCGGCCGGGAGUGGCAGCCCCGCACCCGCGCCUCGCUUCCCAUUACCCCCGCCUCUGGCUUGGGACUCCCGCAGCGGCUCCCUGAAAACUUUCCGGGCGCUGCUCACCCUGGCGGUGGGCGCAGACGGCCCGCCCCAGAGACACCCAGGAGAGCGCUGGCCGCACGUGCCCGCCGGGCAGCGGGGGCCGGCGGAGCGCGCCGCGGUGCACGGGGGCGUCUUCUGGAGCCGCGGCCUGGAGGAGCAGGUGCCCCGGGGUUUUUCCGAAGCCCAAGCGGCGGCGUGGCUGGAGGUGGCGCGCGGUGCCCGGGUGGUGGCUCUGGAUCGCGGAGGCUGCGGGCGCAGUUCUAACCGGCUGGCCCGCUUUGCCGACGGCACCCGUGCCUGUGUCCGCUACGGCAUCAAUCCGGAACAGAUCCAGGGCGAGGCCCUGUCCUACUACCUGGCGCGCUUGCUGGGCCUCCAGCGCCACGUGCCGCCGCUGGCGCUGGCCCGGGUGGAGGCUCGAGGCGCGCAGUGGGCGCAGGUGCAGGAGGAGCUGCGCGCCGCGCACUGGACCGAGGGCAGCGUGGUGAGCCUGACGCGCUGGCUGCCCAAUCUCACCGACGUGGUGGUACCGGAGCCCUGGCGUUCCGAAGACGGCCGCCUGCGCCCCCUGCGCGACUCCGGGGGUGAACUGGCCAACCUCAGCCAGGCAGAGCUGGUGGAUUUGGUCCAAUGGACCGACCUGAUCCUCUUCGACUACCUGACGGCCAACUUCGAUCGACUCGUGAGCAACCUCUUCAGCUUGCAAUGGGACCCACGCGUGAUGCAGCGCGCCACGAGCAAUCUACACCGCGGACCGGGCGGGGCUCUGGUGUUUCUGGACAACGAGGCGGGUUUGGUGCACGGUUACCGGGUAGCCGGCAUGUGGGACAAGUAUAACGAGCCGUUGUUGCAGUCGGUGUGCGUGUUCCGCGAACGGACUGCGCGGCGCGUCCUGGAACUGCACCGCGGUCAGGACGCCGCGGCCAGGCUGCUGCGCCUCUACCGGCGCCACGAGCCUCGUUUCCCCGAGCUGGCCGCGCUGGCGGACCCCCACGCUCAGCUACUGCAGCACCGCCUCGAUUUCCUCGCCAAGCACAUUCUGCACUGCAAAGCUAAGUACGGACGCCGGCCGGGGACUUAAGAACUGUAACGGAAGACCAGGAGACCCGGGGCUUGAAUUCAAUCGCCACCACCACCACCACCGAUCGAGGACCCUCCGACCAACGCCCAGCCAGAGCGCCAAGCGCAGCGAUGGUGAGAUCACCGCUCCGUGCCCGAUAGGACAAAGAGAGCGAGACCUCCGCGCCCUGGGGAGCCCUGCCGACCCUGCAGACCCUGAUCAUUCGUCUGACUCAUUCCUCAACUUCGGUCGGUUUUUGCCCUGAAGGCUGUGAAUUCAGGACUGGCUCGGUCUAUGCACUAAGUCACGUAAUGAAUUUCUUCCUGCCCCUCCCAAGUGACCAAAAUUUUGACAAGGAUGAUAGUUCACCAGAAGAAGAAGAA